UUGGUGGGGUUAGCGGAGACGGACACGGCACGGCGGCCGUUUAAUAGCUGUAGGUGGACUGGGUGUAGCGACCCGCGUCUCGCCGUCUGGCUGGGUUGCGGCCGGGCUAAGCCGAGUGGUGAGCGGCGGCAGCGGAACUAACGCCAUAAGGUGGGACUCGAGAGGCUGGGUCCAUGGCCUCCUGCGCGAGCAUCGACAUCGAGGACGCCACGCAGCAUCUGCGGGACAUCCUCAAGCUGGACCGGCCGGCAGGGGGCACCAGUGCAGAAAGCCAGAGGCCACCUAGUACCUACAAUGGGGACCUCAAUGGGCUCCUGGUUCCAGAGCCCCUCAGCUCAGGUGAUCGUACAUCAACAAACAAGCCUGGUUUGCGGACCAUGCCACCCAUUAACCUGCAGGAGAAGCAGGUCAUCUGCCUCUCUGGAGAUGACAGCUCCACCUGCAUUGGAAUUUUGGCCAAGGAGGUGGAGAUUGUGGCCAGCAGUGACUCUAGCAUUUCAAGCAAGGCACGCGGGAGCAACAAGGUGAAAAUUCAGCCUGUAGCUAAAUAUGACUGGGAACAGAAGUACUACUAUGGCAACCUGAUUGCUGUAUCUAACUCCUUCUUGGCAUAUGCUAUUCGGGCUGCCAACAAUGGUUCAGCGAUGGUGCGAGUGAUCAGUGUCAGCACUUCGGAGCGGACCCUGCUCAAGGGUUUCACAGGCAGUGUGGCUGAUCUGGCCUUUGCACACCUCAACUCUCCUCAGCUGGCCUGCUUAGAUGAGGCGGGCAACCUGUUUGUAUGGCGCUUAGCUCUAGUUAAUGGCAAAAUUCAAGAAGAGAUCUUAGUCCAUAUCCGACAGCCAGAGGGUGCAUCACUAAACCAAUUCCGUAGGAUCAUCUGGUGCCCUUUCAUCCCUGAGGAGAGCGAGGACUGUUGUGAGGAGAGCAGCCCAAUGGUGGCCCUUCUGCAUGAAGACCGGGCUGAGGUAUGGGACCUGGAAAUGCUCCGCUCUAGCCACAACACCUGGCCUGUGGAUGUCAGCCAAAUCAAGCAAGGCUUCAUUGUGGUAAAAGGCCACAGCACGUGCCUAAGUGAAGGAGCCCUCUCCCCUGACGGGACUGUCCUGGCUACUGCAAGUCAUGAUGGAUACGUCAAGUUCUGGCAGAUUUACAUUGAAGGGCAAGAUGAGCCAAGGUGUCUCCAUGAGUGGAAACCUCAUGAUGGACGGCCCCUCUCCUGUCUCCUGUUCUGUGAUAACCAUAAGAAACAGGACCCUGAAGUCCCAUUCUGGAGGUUCCUCAUUACUGGUGCUGACCAGAAUCGGGAGCUGAAGAUGUGGUGCACAGUGUCCUGGACCUGUCUGCAGACCAUUCGUUUCUCCCCAGAUAUCUUCAGUUCAGUGAGUGUGCCCCCCAGCCUUAAGGUUUGCUUGGAUCUCUCAGCAGAAUACCUUAUUCUCAGUGAUGUACAACGGAAGGUUCUCUAUGUGAUGGAGCUGCUACAGAAUCAGGAGGAGGGCCGGGCCUGCUUCAGCUCCAUCUCGGAGUUCCUACUCACCCACCCUGUGCUGAGCUUUGGCAUCCAGGUUGUGAGUCGCUGCCGACUACGACACACUGAGGUACUGCCUGCUGAGGAAGAAAAUGACAGCCUAGGAGCUGAGAAUUCCCAUGGAGCCGGUGCCGUGGAGUCUGCAGCUGGUGUGCUCAUCAAGCUUUUUUGUGUACACACUAAGGCACUGCAGGAUGUGCAGAUCCGCUUCCAGCCACAGCUAAACCCUGAUGUCGUGGCCCCACUCCCCACCCACACUGCCCAUGAAGACUUUACUUUUGGAGAAUCUCGACCCGAACUGAGCAAUGAGGGCCUAGGGUCAGCUGCUCAUGGAUCUCAGUCUGAUCUCCGACGCAUAGUGGAGCUGCCUGCACCUGCUGAUUUCCUCAGCCUAAGCAAUGAGACCAAGCCUAAGUUGAUGACACCUGAUGCCUUCAUGACACCUACUGCCUCCCUGCAGCAGAUCACUGCAUCUCCUGGCAGCAGUAGCAACAGCAGUAGUAGCAGCAGCAGCUCUCUAACAGCUGUGUCUGCCGUGAGCAGCACCUCAGCUGUGGACCCCUCAUUGUCCAGUCUUCCUGCCAGCAGGCCACCUGAGGAGCUGACCUUGAGCCCCAAGCUACAGCUGGAUAGCAGUUUGACAAUGAGCAGCAGCAGCAGCCUGCAGACAAGCCCUCGAAGCCUCCUGCCUGGCCUGCUCCCAGGCCCAGCUGACAAACUGACUCCCAAGGGGCCUGGGCAGGUAUCUACUGCUGCCUCUGCACUGUCCGUGGAGCUGCAGGAAGUGGAGCCCCUAGGGCUACCCCAGGCCUCCCCCAGUCGCACUCGCUCCCCUGAUGUUAUCUCCUCGGCUUCUACUGCCCUAUCCCAGGACAUUCCUGAGAUUGCAUCUGAGGCCCUGUCCCGUGGCUUUGGCUCCUCUGCUGCCGAGGGCCUUGAGCCAGACAGUAUGGCCUCAGCUGCCUCGGCACUACACCUACUGUCGCCACGGCCCCGAGCAGGGCCAGAGCUUGGUUCCCAGCUUGGCCUAGAAGGAGGCCCUGGGGACGGGGAUCGACAUAGUACCCCUUCUCUACUGGAGGCAGCCUUGACCCAGGAGGCUGCGACCCCUGAUAGUCAGGUCUGGCCCACAGCUCCUGACAUCACUCGUGAGACCUGUAGCACACUGGCAGAGAGCCCUAGGAAUGGUCUCCAGGAAAAGCACAAAAGCCUAGCUUUCCACCGACUACCUUAUCACCUGCUGCAGCAACAUGACAGCCAGGACACCAGUGCUGAACAAAGUGACCAUGAUGAUGAGGUGGCCAGUCUUGCCUCUGCUUCUGGAGGCUUCAGCGCCAAAAUUCCCACUCCACGGCUGCCUGCCAAGGACUGGAAAACCAAAGGAUCCCCUCGGAGCUCACCCAAGCUCAAGAGGAAAAGCAAGAAGGAUGACGGGGAUUCAGCUGUGGGAUCCCGGCUCACGGAGCACCAUGUGGUAGAGCCCCCGGAAGACUGGCCAGCACUAAUUUGGCAGCAACAGAGAGAGCUGGCGGAGCUGCGACACAGCCAAGAAGAGCUGCUGCAGCGUCUUUGUGCCCAGCUUGAAGGUCUGCAGAGUACUGUCACAGGCCAUGUAGAACGUGCCCUAGAGACCCGACACGAGCAGGAACAGCGGCGACUAGAGCGGGCACUGGCUGAGGGACAGCAGCGAGGUGGGCAGCUUCAGGAGCAGCUGACUCAGCAGAUGUCUCAAGCACUGUCCUCAGCUGUGGCUGGGCGGCUGGAGCGCAGUAUACGGGAUGAGAUCAAGAAGACAGUUCCUCCAUGUGUCUCCAGGAGUCUGGAGCCUGUGGCAGGACAACUGAGCAACUCAGUCGCUACUAAGCUCACAGCUGUGGAGGGCAGCAUGAAAGAGAAUGUCUCCAAGUUACUCAAGUCCAAGAACUUGACAGAUGCCAUUGCCCGAGCAGCUGCAGAUACAUUACAGGGGCCAAUGCAAGCUGCUUACCGUGAAGCCUUCCAGAGUGUAGUACUGCCUGCCUUCGAGAAGAGCUGCCAGGCCAUGUUCCAGCAGAUCAAUGAUAGCUUUCGGCUGGGCACACAGGAAUAUUUGCAGCAACUAGAAAGCCACAUGAAGAGUCGGAAGGCACGGGAACAGGAGGCCAGGGAGCCUGUGCUGGCCCAACUUCGGGGCCUGGUCAGUACACUGCAGAGUGCCACUGAGCAGAUGGUGGCCACUGUGUCCAGCAGUGUUCGGGCUGAGGUGCAGCACCAACUUCAUUUGGCUGUGGGCAGUCUACAGGAGUCAAUUUUAGCACAAGUACAACGCAUUGUUAAGGGUGAGGUGAGCGUGGCACUCAAAGAGCAGCAGGCAACCGUCACCUCCAGCAUCAUGCAGGCCAUGCGCUCAGCUGCUGGUACACCUGUCCCCUCUGCCCACCUUGACUGCCAGGCUCAGCAAGCCCAUAUCCUGCAGUUGCUGCAGCAGGGCCACCUCAAUCAGGCCUUCCAGCAGGCACUGACAGCUGCUGACCUGAACCUGGUGCUCUAUGUGUGUGAAACUGUGGACCCAGCCCAGGUUUUUGGGCAACCACCCUGUCCACUCUCCCAGCCUGUUCUCCUUUCCCUCAUCCAGCAGCUGGCAUCAGACCUUGGCACUAGAACUGACCUCAAGCUCAGUUACCUGGAAGAGGCUGUGAUGCACCUGGACCACAGUGACCCCAUCACUCGAGACCAUAUGGGCUCUGUCAUGGCACAGGUGCGCCAAAAGCUUUUCCAGUUCUUACAGGCGGAGCCUCACAACUCACUCGGCAAAGCAGCCCGGCGUCUCAGCCUGAUGCUUCAUGGCCUUGUGACCCCCAGCCUCCCUUAGCAGCUAAGCCUGCCUUGCACAGGGGUGGGGUGUCACUGAGGGCCAGCAGACAGACCUAUGCCAAGGCCUGCUUAUGUCUGCUGUUUACCUGCUCAGGCUUCCACCUUGAGUGUUCAAGGUGGAGGACAAGGUGUACUGGCUGUGGUCUACAGAUUGUGGUAGCCAGCAGGGUUAGUUUGGGCCUAGGCAGGUAUUGUGCUUGCUUGGGUUUUUCCAUGCCUGAAGCAUGAAUUUAAGAUCAUGACACUCCUUGAGUUGGAUUUUCCAUGUUCCUUUUUACCUCCAAUUUGGAUCUUUUUGUUUUUGAAAAACACUGAGAAAUUCAAUUAAAUGCUUUUGGAAUAAAA